AUGGCUAUUGUAAAAACUCCGGUACUCAAAGUGAUUUUAUGCGGCGAAUAUGGUGUGGGCAAAAGCUCAAUAUUUCGACGAUUUAUUAACAAUACAUUUUUACCAAAUUCUGAUAGAAGGUCUACAUUAGGAUUAGAUCAUUUCGAAAAACUUUAUCAUGUUGGGGACAAAGAUGUCAAGUUGCAGCUAUGGGACACUGGUGGUAUGGAGAGGAUAGCUUCAGUUACUUCAAGUUAUUAUAAAUAUGCCGAGGCAGCUGUGUUAGUUUUUUCUUUAGAUAAUGCCUCAUCGUUCCAUGUACUCAGCCAACAUCUUCUAGAUAUAGUUACAUAUGCUGAGAAUGCCAAAAUAUUCUUAUGUGGUAAUAAAUCAGAUUUAGAAGGAUUGUGUCCUCAAGUAACAGAUGCUGAUAUAGAAAACUUUUGUGAGCAGUGUCACAAUUUGAUAAGCAGUACAUAUAAGACAUCAUGUAAAAGUGGGAAAGGCCUGGAUGAGAUGUUCUCGGACAUAGCACAUCAGCUGGUUGAGUCAAAUAGAUCCAGGAUCGAGCUACAGAGACUUGACCACAACAGCUUCAAAAUAACCCAUCCCGAACCCCCCGAUGAACCGCCGUGUAGCUGUUGA